GGCGGCCGAAGGCGAAGCGAGACCCGCCGCGAUGGUCGGGUCGGGUCACUCAUCCGCGAGCAGGAGUUGGGAAAGUGCAGGGCAGUGCAUUGAAGGUGCAUGCGAUCGAGCAAUCAAUCGAGCACUCGAGCAUCCAGCAAAAGUGCAAAGUCCGCACGCAAAAGGGCAUGCAGCGGGAGCCUGUGCGAAUUCCAAAUCGUGGAACCCGGCGCCCGGCGUUCGUGAUCGUCCCCGACGGCCAAUUGGCAUGCGGUUCUGUUCCAUGUGAACUUGCGUCCGGGAUUUUGCGCUGAUCACUCCUCUUGAUCUGCCAUUUCCAAUUUCCAUUCUCACCUUCCCACCCCCUCGCCUCCCCUAGCCGCGCACCCGCCUGGCUUCUGCUCCCGACGGCAUCGUGCAUUGGUCUUCGGUCUGCGCUCGUUUGGCACCGGGUCGUAAAUCGAGAGUCGGGGAUGGCCGAUUCUGCAGACAUGAGAGCUGGUGUUGAUGCGUUCGGAGUGGAUAAGGCGGUCGUGGGAGUGUUCAGGCGUCAAUUGGAAUCGCAAUCCGGCUGAUGGAAAUUACUGAUUUCGGGGCCCGAAUGGAGUUGUGAUUCCAGGGAUUCAGAUUCUGAAGUGCAUCAGCUGAAUUCGAAUUUUUUGGGAUCCACUGUGAUCCUUCUCUGGGAGAUCUGCGAGACGAGUAGGUACGAGUGCCAAGCUUUGUGGAGGACGAGGAGCAUUGUCGGUGACGUUAGUUGAGAGUUGGACCGAAGCCAAGCACUGUCGUUUGCAGCAAUGGCGCCAUCCUUGCAAGAGCCGCUGUUGUCUUCCUAUGACGAUGAAAUCACCUCCGCGCAGGAAAAUGGGGUGGCACAUUUGCUUCCGCCUGUGACUUCUUUGGAUCGACCACUUUCGAAAGUGGAGAUUCUCGAAAGCUUUGACCAUGAAGUAUCGCGUAGCUUGCAAACGGACCUGCAGACUAUUAUUAACACGAUAAAUUUAUAUGUUGGGGUGGGAAUUUUGAGCCUGGGUUACGCCGUCAGACUAGGAGGCUGGGCAAGCAUGGUUCUUCAAGCAGUGCUUGCCUUACUUCUCUGUUACUCAGCAAAGCUUAUUUGUCGAUCAUUCGAUAGGGUGCCGCCGAAUUUGGUCCCCUCUUAUCCCAAUUUGGGUCAUACCGUCUUCGGCGUUCCUGGUCAGUUCGCGGUAAUGCUGAUGGGUGGAGCAGAAUUUUUUGGAGCGUUGUGUCUGUGCUUGAUCGUAAUCUGGCAAUCCAUCACAAUGCUGCUUCCGUCCUAUCCACUAUGUCUGGGAGUUUAUUGUAUGAUCCCGAUGGAAGUCGCCAUUUUAGGAAGCACAUUGAUCAUGGUUCCAGCGGUGCUAAUCCGGACAUUCUCCCGUCUGACUUCUCUCAGCAUCUCUGGUGUCAUCUCCUCUUUGUUGUUAACAUCUGUUGUGAUUAUUGCAUAUGCAAUGGAUCCACAACAGAAAGAUGUGGCAGAUCCGGCUGCUCGCGAACAUGAAGUUAUCGACUGGGACCAUUUGCCAAUGGCUGCCGGCAUUAUGAUUGUCUCGUUGUCUGGACAUGCGGGAGUUCCAUCGCUGCGGAGAAGCAUGAAGAAUCCAGAAAAUUUUGAGCGCUGUAUAAGCAUAGCAUUCUUUAGCAUUUAUGUCAUAUAUUCAACUAUUGGUGGGUUCGCCUACUUGUACUUUGGAGAAGCCACGCAGGUGCUCAUCACGGGGAAUUUGAAUGAUUCCUCGAGCGUGACAGGAUUCAUUCUUCUCAAAAUUGGAAGCUUUACUAUUACAAUCAAUCAGCUUAUCAUAGUCCUCGUGGCCACGAGUGCCUACACUACCUGUCCGGCUUUGGUGUAUGUUGUUGCAGAGCUAAUUGUAGACUUGCUCCGUGGGGACUCUGCUACACACAUCCCAGGAGCUGGAGAUCUUGUUGCUCGGACGAUAGUUCUUGGUCUUGCUUAUGUUGUGGCAAUUGUGGCAUACGAUGUGUUGGACAACGUCGAAUCUAUCGUGGGCGGUGUCUGUUCCGUCUCAGUUUCUCUGUUUCUCCCAGCUCUGUUCUAUUUCAAAUUGUAUAACAAAGAGUUGAGUUCCAGCAAUCGGACACUUGUGUCUAUUGUAAUCAUCGUCAGUGCUGCCGCCGUGUUUGGUAUCGGGGGUAUGAAUGUCUGGCAGUUGUUUCAGAAGGAAAGAUGACGUCAGUGGAUAUCCUUCGCUUAUUGCUACUUCAGAAUUCCGUUGUGAUGGAGUACCUGCUCACACAAUCGAGCCAGCACGUUCAACAAUUAAAUUAGCCAGGCUUGUCAAGUCUAUGUGACUAGGAUGAAAGUUCUCUCCAUGGAACAGGGACUGCUCAAUAGUAACUUCUACAUUCCUCUGUAUAUUAGGCCAUGUUUGGAACCAAAUACUUAAAGCUCUGCAAACAUGGCACGUGUGCUUAGAAAGGCAAGCGUUUCUGAUGACAACCUCUGUAUACCAGUAGCGCACAACGAAGUUGUGUUUUUACAGCUGUAUCUCUGGAGAUUACAUCGGAUCCUGUAUUGACGUCCACUGUCCUGGACUUGUAAUCAUAUAAAAGAUGGCCCGUUACUUAGACCACACCGACGUAAUCAAUUGGAUCUCUGACGUGAAGUGCUGAUUUUUCCUUUUCUCCCGUCCACAGGAAACUGGGUGAUAUUUAUCUGAAUUUGCCUCUGCAGCUUAUUAAAUCAUCACUUCAGGCUGCUAUCUUACUGUUCAAUUUUGUGGACAGAUUCUCUCUUUUGCAGACUGGACUUUAUAUUGAUCACUAAACGCCUGUCCAAGAGGACGUCUCUUUUUUACAGACUUCGUCUCUUGAAAUCACCGUUGAUGAGUUGAGUGUCAUGG